AUGAGGAACCCCCUUUCCCUCAUGCAGGCAGGCUUCGGCCAAGUCCUGCGCAAACUCUCCGUCAUGGAGGAUCGGAUUAAUCGGUCAACGUUUGGUCGAGUCUUCCGUCUAGAAGGCUCUGGGCAUCCCAAGACUGUGAGAGGCGCCAGCUUCCUUACGGAGAUUCGAGCCGGCCUGACCACCUUCGCCACGAUGGCAUACAUCAUUGCCGUUAACUCUACCGUUCUCAGCGAUUGUGGCGGCAACUGUGAAUGCCCAGAAGGAAUCCCCAACAUGUGCAAGGACGACGAAUACUACAACGUGUGUCGUACAGAGUUGCAGCACGACCUUAUCACUGCCACCGCAGCCCUUGCCGGCCUCUCAAGCAUUCUCUUUGGGUUUCUCACGAACCUUCCGGUUGCACUCGGACCGGGUAUGGGCCUCAAUGCGUACUUCACAUACCAGGUUGUCGGCUACCACGGUUCUGGCCCCGUCCCAUACCGAAUCGCCUUGACUGCUGUCUUUGUUGAAGGAUUCAUUUUCAUGUUCUUGGCCCUCACUGGAAUGCGACAAUGGUUGGUCCGCAUGAUCCCAGCGACUAUCAAGACUGCGUCUGGUGUAGGUAUCGGUCUGUUUCUUACCGAGAUUGGCUUGUCCUACAACGCUGGCAUUGGAGCCAUCACUGGAGGCUACUCGACCCCAUUGGCCAUCGGCGGUUGUCGUGCAGAGGAUUUGAACGACAGUGGCGAAUGCACCAAGCAUAUCAUGGCGAACCCUGCUAUGUGGAUCGGAAUCUUCGUGGGAGGUAUCUUCGUGGCUUUCUUGAUGGCCUUUAAGGUCAAGAGCGCCAUAGUCAUCGGCAUCUCAGUCGUGUCCAUCCUCUCCUGGCCUCGCAACACCUCUUUCACAUACUUUCCAUACACGGAAGCCGGAGAAACUCGAUUCCAAUUUUUCAAGCAAGUCGUUGCGUUUCACCCGAUUCAAACGGUAUUGGUCAGCCAGCAAUGGGAUCUACAGGGGACAAGCGCUGCUCAGUUUGCGCUCGCGCUCGUGACCUUCCUCUAUGUCGACAUCAUUGACUGUACUGCAACACUGUACUCGAUGGCCAAGUUCUGUGGCGUCGUGGAGGACGAUGGCGACUUCCCCCGCUCGACCGUUGCCUACUGCACCGAUGCGGCUUGCAUCUCGGUCGGUUCACUCUUCGGAUGCUCGCCAGUCACUGCGUUCGUCGAGAGUGGCGCGGGCGUCGCGGAAGGUGGUCGGACCGGUUUGACUGCAAUAUCGACCGGUUUCUGUUUCCUCAUCAGUCUCUUCUUCGCACCGAUCCUGGCUUCUGUUCCCCCGUGGGCCACGGGUGCAACGCUCAUUUUGGUCGGCUGUCUGAUGAUGCGCCAAGUCACCAACAUCAAUUGGCAAUAUAUUGGUGAUGCUGUGCCCUCCUUUGUGACGCUCGCAUUCAUGCCGUUCAGCUACAGUGUCGCCUAUGGCCUCAUUGCGGGUAUGAUGGUCUAUGUAGUACUCAAUACAAUGAUCUGGAUGGUUGUGUACCUCACGGGUUCCAGAGUCACGCCCUCCAACUGGCAGGAGAAGGAGGUAUACAACUGGGGAAUGGGCAAGCGAGAUGUUCCUGGCUGGAUGAUGUUCGUCCGCAGAAAGUUCACAGGAGAACCUGCCGGGAAACCAAACCCAAAGAAUGUUGUGGAACUGGUGGAUUGCGAUAGCACCAUCAACCACGGCUCGCGCAGCGCAUCCGCCGAAGACAAGGAGAUGCAGAUUCAAUCGAAUCGGACCCACAUGGACUAUGAUCUACCGUCUCUGGACUGA